AUGGAUUGCCCUUCAAAGCCUUCUACACGUCACUCACCCCAAGUCUCGUGGCUCCAAUGGAUCACUCAAUUCAUAUGGAAGGCCAACAAGGGCUACGAAGAAAUGCUCGACGGCAUUGUCCCUAUUCCCGGGCCACCGCCGGUGCCUCUAAUCGGCAGUGUCUUCGAUGUUGACAUAAACGACACUUUGAAGUCUGUCAUUGAACUGAUGAAAGUUUACGGACCAAUCAUUCAACUAUACACCGGCUCGCAGCGGGAGAUAAUCGUCGGUUCGCAGGAGUUGGCGAAUGAACUGAGCGACGAGAGUCGCUUCUGCAAGGUUGUUUACGGAGCCCUCCAUCAUCUGAGAGACGCAGGCGGAGAUGGGCUGUUCACAGCUCAACACGGUAACCAUGAGUGGGGGGUCGCACACCGCAUUCUGCUCCCAAACUUCAGUCCAAUUAAGGUCCACGAGAUGUUUGACGGCAUGACCGAUAUCAUAGAGCAGUUGGCUCUCAAAUGGGCACGGCACGGUCCUGAUGCCGCCAUCGAUGUAGUCGACGACUUCACUCGACUCACAGUAGAUACAAUCACUCUCUGCGCCAUGGGAUACAGACUUAACAGCUUCUACCUCAAUGACGACAUGCAUCUGUACGUGAAGAGUCUUUCCAAGGUUCUCAUUGAAUCGGACAAGAAGGCGCAAUUUCCUGCCGUCAUCAACAAGUUACGCUACAAGGCAGAUGCCGAAUACAGAGCCAACAUCCAAGCUAUGGCUGACAUUUGCCGCGAUAUCAUACGGAAAAGGCGAGCCGCCGGGCCAGGGCAAGGUUCAAAGCUCCUAUUGGAUCUCAUGAUUCAAGGCGUUGACCCAAAGACGGGUGACAGGCUCAGCGAGGACGCCAUCAUGUGGAAUCUGCACACGUUCCUCAUUGCCGGCCACGACACCACGUCGGGGCUCUUGUCAUUUGCUUUUUACUUUUUACUGAAGGACCCUAGUGCGAUGCGUAAGGCCCGAGAAGAGGUCGACGCAGUCCUCGCCGAGGGCGAGGUGAUGACGGUGAAGCAUCUCCAAAAGCUGCGGUAUCUCGAUGCCGUCCUGAAGGAGACCAUCCGCAUGCACGCACCCGCACCGGGCUUCCACGUCAGGCCGCUGAAAGACGGAGAGGUGCUCGGUGGCAAGUACGUCGUCAACAAAUCGGACCCCAUCGUCAUCGUCCUCCACCAGCUGCACAGGGAUCCCGCAGUCUGGGGCGAGGACGCGGACGAGUUUAGGCCCGAGCGGAUGGAGCGUGACAAGUUCAGUAAUCUGCCGCCCAACGCGUGGAAGCCUUUCGGUAACGGUGCGAGGUCCUGCAUAGGAAGGGCUUUUGCUUGGCAGGAGGCUCUGAUGGUCAUGGCAACGCUGCUCCAACACUUUGACUUUGAAAUGGAUGAUCCAAGUUACACGCUCAAGGUUGAGCAGACCUUGACGAUCAAGCCGGAAGGCUUCAAGAUGAGAGCUCGGCUGCGUCACGACAAAAAGCCGGGGGAUCUGUUCCGACACGAGACUGUUUCAGCAACCCGAAAAAACACGACUCCUGGAGGCCGAAACACCAAGAUUGACGCUAUCUCAGGCCACCCCAUGACUAUCCUAUAUGGUUCCAACACAGGCACGGGCGAGGCACUAGCUCGUUGGCUGGCCGAAGGCGCAAGCGCGGCUGGGUUUAAGGCAGAUACUGUCGUGGAAAUGAACGCGGCCAAGGACAAGCUGCCUAAGGAUCAGCCAAUUAUCAUAAUUGCGGCCUCGUACAAUGGACAUCCAUCCGAUAAUGCAGAUGAAUUCAUCGAUUGGCUGGGACAACUGCCCUCGGGGGCCCUUGAGGGCGUUGGAUUUUGCGUCUUUGGCCUCGGUCACCACGAUUGGCCAGCCACGCAUAACAGAGUGCCUAAGAUGGUCGAUGAGCUAAUGUACAAAGCCGGAGCUUCGAGAUUGAUAGAAGCCGAAUACGCCGACAUGGCAACGGCAGACCUGUUCCCGGACGCCGAAAGAUGGUCUACGGAGCGCUUAUGGCCAGCAUUGGGAGAAAAGUAUAGCGUGAAGCCGGCGUACGUGCAAGACAUGAAUCUCAAGCUCACGCUGGGUGGCCCAGCAAGACUGGCGACUCGACCGGGCUUCUUUCAAGCCAUGGUGACAGAGACUCGCCCGCUCUCGGAGCCAGGCGUGCCACAGAAGCACCAUCUGACACUCAGGCUGCCAUCCAAUAUUGGCUAUCUGACCGGUGAUCGACUUCAGGUGCUGCCCAAGAACAGCUCCAGUCUAGUGAAUCGCGCACUGUCUCGGUUCCGACUCGAUCACGACGCGGUGAUUACCAUCAGCAGCUCAAGGCCGUCGGGCCUGCCCGUGGACACGCCCAUCUCGGCAGCUGAUCUACUUGGCAUGUACGUCGAGCUUGGCCAGCCGGCCAGCCAGAGAAACGUGCGGGCCCUGGCCGACACAGUACCCGUCACCGAGGAAGCGACGAGAAGCCGUCUUAUGGAGAUGUCGUCCGAAGACCGCUACGAAGGCGAGAUCCGCGCUAAGCACGUUUCCGUUCUGGAUCUCCUAGAUAGUUACCCUUGCGUAGAGUUGCCUCUCGCAAAGUUCCUGACCAUGGUGCCGCAGAUGCGUCCGCGGACGUACUCGCUAUCGUCUUCUCCAACUCGCCUUCCAGGGCACGGAGACCUGACACUGAGCAUCUCCCAGGGCGGCCUUGCGACUGGCUACCUAAUGUCGGUCCAUGCCGGCCAGUUCGUGCAUGUGUCGCACUACCCGGCACCGCGAGAGUUUCGCCCUCCCGAGGACCCGUCGAUGACACCCAUCAUCAUGGUGGCAGCGGGAGCCGGGCUGGCGCCCUUCCGCGGCUUCGUCCAGGAGCGGGCCGCCGCCAGCUCCCCGCUCGCUCCGGCUCUUCUAUUCUACGGCUGUCGUGGUGCUUCCCUCGACGAUAUGUACCGCGACGAGUUUGAUGACUUUGAGCGUGCCGGGGUCGUAGAGGUUCACCGCGCGUUUAGCCGUGACCCAGGGGCUCCAUGCAAGUAUGUAAUGGAUAGUCUUUGUAAAUGUCAAGACACGUUGACAAGGCUAUGGGAUGCCGGCGCUGUCGUCUACGUUUGUGGCACUAAGAGAAUGUCUGAUGCGGUGUUUAGGGUCAUGGGACCCAUCCUGUUCGAGGCUGAUAAGAAGGCUGCAAGGACUGGCUGUGAUUCAGUGGACGAUUGGGAGCAGAAGCUACCGAGGGGGAGAUUUGUUCGCGAGAUCUUUAACUAG